CCAUGAUGCUACAAAUAAUCAUCGACAGAACCAAUCAAACCCUGCCACAUCAUCAAACCUGGUCCCACUCAACCCAUCCUCUGACCCACCACCACCCUUCAGCACAGCCUCCACAGCCAAUAACCAUACCUUCCUGAUAAGCUUCGCCUGCAAAUUCAGCUCAGUCAGAGAAACACACACAAAACAAAGCUUCAAGAUCACUUUCCAUUCAGCUUCAAAUUCAUUCUGACCAAUCAUCACGCUACUUUGAUUCUUCAGCAAAACCCAUUUUCCCAGAAGCUUCUGAAAAAAGAAACCCCUUUUUCUCUCUGAGCUAACCGAGCUAUACCCAAUACGAUUCUCAUUCAGAAGCUUUUCAUUUCUGAGCAAAUUUUCAAUCUUUUUGAAAAAUAACGCCACCCCAUUUGUUUAAACAGAGCAAAGGAGAACGGGUUAUUAGUUUAUUGCUCAUCCAAGAAAAAACUGAAAAAAAAGGUGGUGAAUUUUCUCGAGGUUUGAAGCGAGUGGCGUUUGUUUUUGUUUUUUCAGAACAUGUCUUUGAUUCGGCGCAGAAAAGGGUCGGAAACCGAUAAGGGGCAGGGUCAGAGUUUGGAAUCGAAGGUGGAAGGUGAGAGAACCGAGAAAGAGGGAGAUGAUAAGAACAACAAGAGGAAGAAGACGAAGCAGGAAGUGGGGGAGGUGAAGAAGAAGAAGAGAAGGUGGUCGUGUAUUGAUAACUGUUGCUGGUUUGUGGGGUGCAUUUGCACGGUGUGGUGGUUUUUGCUGUUUCUGUAUAAGAUGAUGCCUGCUUCGUUUCCUCAGUAUGUGACAGAGGCGAUUACGGGGCCUAUGCCGGACCCGCCGGGCCUUAAACUUAAGAAGGAGGGGCUCACUGUGAAGCAUCCGGUGGUUUUUGUGCCUGGGAUUGUGACUGGUGGGCUUGAGUUAUGGGAGGGUCAUCAGUGUGCAGAGGGAUUGUUCAGAAAGCGCUUGUGGGGUGGUACCUUUGGAGAAGUCUACAAAAGACCUUCUUGCUGGGCGGAGCACAUGUCAUUGGACAAUGAAACAGGAAUGGAUCCACCUGGCAUAAGAGUGAGGCCUGUCUCUGGACUUGUAGCUGCUGAUUACUUUGCUGCAGGAUACUUCGUGUGGGCGGUACUGAUUGCUAACUUGGCACGCAUUGGUUAUGAAGAAAAAACUAUGUUCAUGGCUGCAUAUGAUUGGAGAAUAUCAUUUCAGAACACUGAGGUGCGAGAUCAAACACUAAGUCGGUUAAAAAGCAACAUAGAACUUAUGGUUGCCACGAAUGGCGGGAAUAAGGCAGUUAUUAUUCCACAUUCAAUGGGUGCCUUGUACUUCCUUCACUUUAUGAAGUGGGUUGAAGCACCAGCUCCAAUGGGUGGUGGGGGAGGACCACAUUGGUGUUCCAAAUAUAUAAAGGCAGUUGUAAACAUUGGUGGGCCAUUUUUAGGUGUUCCUAAGGCUAUAUCAGGGCUUUUCUCAGCUGAAGCCAGGGAUAUUGCUGUUGCCAGGGCGAUAGCACCAGGAUUUUUAGAUAAUGAUGUGUUUCGCCUUCAAACCUUGCAACAUGUCAUGAAGAUGACCCGCACUUGGGAUUCAACAAUGUCAAUGAUACCAAAAGGAGGGCACACUAUAUGGGGUGGUCUUGAUUGGUCACCAGAGGAAGGCUAUCUUCCUAACAAGAAUAAGCAAAGCACUGACAAUACUCAGCCGACAGGUCAAGAUAGAAAUAAAACAAAAGUUCCCAACUAUGGAAGAAUGAUAUCGUUUGGAAGAGAUGUGGCAGAGGCCCAUUCCUCUGAGAUUGAGAUGACUGACUUUCGGGGUGCCAUUAAGGGUCUCAAUGUAGCAAAUUCCUCUUGUCGUGAUGCGUGGACUGAAUACCAUGACAUGGGAGUUGAGGGAGUAAGAGCUGUUGCUGACCAUAAAGUUUUCACAGCUGACGCAAUCAUAGACUUGCUUGAUUUCGUUGCUCCAAAAAUGAUGGCUCGUGGUAGUGCUCAUUUUUCUUAUGGCGUAGCUGACAAUUUGGAUGAUCCUAAAUAUGAACACUACAAAUAUUGGUCGAAUCCCUUGGAGUCAAAGUUGCCAAAUGCUCCUGAUAUGGAAAUCUUCUCUUUGUAUGGAGUUGGCUUACAAACCGAAAGAGCUUAUAUUUACAAGUUAUCUCCCUAUGCUGAUUGUUACAUUCCCUUUGAAAUUGAUACCACAGCAGAUGGUGAUGAUGAAGAUAUCUGUCUGAAGGAUGGAGUGUACACUGUUGAUGGUGAUGAGACUGUGCCGGUUCUAAGUUCUGGCUUCAUGUGUGCUAAAGGUUGGCGCGGGAAAACAAGAUUCAACCCUUCUGGGAUCCACACUUAUGUAAGAGAAUAUGACCAUUCUCCUCCAGCCAACUUUCUGGAGGGCCGGGGUACACAAAGUGGUGCUCAUGUUGAUAUUAUGGGAAACUUUGCAUUGAUUGAGGAUGUUAUAAGGAUUGCAGCUGGGGCAAAAGGAGAAGAUUUGGGAGGUGAUAGGGUGUAUUCUGAUAUCUUUAAAUGGUCUGAGAAAAUCAAAUUACCUUUGUGAAUGAAGCAGAUUGCACUUACAUUCUUCCACAGGUCUCAAAGUCUCGUCAAGGAUCACAUCAUAUACAUUUUUUGCAAUGUAACUUCACUGCUACCGAAGUUCUAUAAGAAACUCAGAAGCUCUGGUUCUGCUGAUCAAAUUCAGAGUUCAAGGAUGGUGAAUUGUGCAAUUGGUUAAAUGAAAAGGUCAUGUAUUUAUUGAAUAUUAUGGUUAGGAAAGUAAGCAUUUGAUUUAUCAUCAUUGAGAAAUGGGACCAGGGGGCAUGGUUCUGAUAGCUAGGGUACAACUUAAAGCAUCUGUAGGUGGUUUCAUUGUAUCAUCAUAAUUUUCCAUAUUACCCCUUUUUCUUCCUCAUUAUUUAUAAGACUCACUAGUGUAUAAUCAGAAGCUCUGAGAGAAUGGCAAAACGUAGUUACGGAAAGUUUAAUA